UUGGUUUCAGUUGCAGUUUGGUUCUCAACCUGGACAGACAUGGAUACAACUCUCUACCAGUCACCGCAGGAUCGGAACAUGGAUUUUAACUUUAACAUGAUAAAUUUUGAGUUAACCAAGGACGGACAAAAAGAGAUGAUUGAGAUAAGUCCCGAGGAGUUGUCCCAGUUUGACCCAACUAUGCAGUACGAUGUACAAAACACCAACAACAGUUACCAGAACUACUAUGAUUACCAAGAGAUGUCGCCAACAUCAGAGAAUUCAUAUUUUUCCGGAACUCCGUCCCCUUUUUCUCCAGCACAGAGUGAAUUUUCCGGAAAGGCCGUAAAUCCUCGAAAAAAAGGAGGACGCAAGAAAAACCUCCGUCCUCCAUCUCCAGCCAUCCUGAAGCAGAGGCGCGAGGCCGCAAAUGCACGAGAGCGGAAACGAAUGAACGGAUUGAACGAUGCUUUUGAGCGAUUACGUGACGUUGUUCCAAACAUGACGACGGAACAGAAAAUGUCCAAAAUCGAAACUUUGCGAAUGGCGCAAGCUUACAUCAAAACUUUGGCUAACCUGGUCGAAAAUGAGGAAAAUGGAAGUCCUCAACCCUCAGCCUCGACAAAUACAGUCGAGGUCGAUAUGUUUGAAUUGAUCUAAACAUUUCUCUAGAUUUUGUACAUAAACUGUACAGUGUACAAUAACUUUGUCAACCCCGAAGAACAUGAAGAAAUCUCCGAAACUGUGAUAACAAAUACCGUAAAUCAUAAAUGAAUAAAGCUCUAGCGCUAUUUACAAUUAUCUAAAGUGCAAUAAAGAUUAUUUAAUACUGA